AUGCAGCUUCUGACGACUUUGUUUCUUUUGGCCCAAGUGGUAGCCUCGCGUGCUGCCUUAGGAGACUCACCACCCGGCCCGCGUUCGGAGAAAGUCAGCUACGACGGAUAUCAUGUCUACAGCGUGACAACGACAGACAGGAGCCAGGCCGAAUUCCUUGCAACAAAUCUCGCUGCCUACCCUACGGAGUUCACCAGCCGCGGGUUUGAGGUGGCAAUUCCUCCCAACGAGAUCCAGAGCUUCAACAAACUGGGUCUCGCCGCACAGCUUCUCAGCGAUGAUCUUGGGAAACUCAUUCGACGGGAGCGCAAGGCCCCAACCUACAAUCGCGGGCAUCACAAAGCCGGCGAACUCCCAGACUUGACAUGGUAUGACACCUAUCACGACUAUGAUGAUCAUCUCCAGUAUUGGGAUGACCUCGUUGCGGCGUUUCCCAGGAACAGCGAGAAAUACGACAUUGGCACCUCAUAUGAGAAUCGCACCAUCUAUGCCUUUCACCUAUUUGGAGAUAAGGGAGAGACGGCGAACAAGCCCAUCAUUCUAUGGCAUGCCACUGUCCACGCCAGAGAGUGGAUUACCACCUUGGUGAUUGAAUACUGGGCGUGGCAACUUAUCAACGGAUACAGGAUCAAAGACAAGGAAAUCACAAGAUUCUUAGACUACUAUGACUUUUGGCUUGUCCCUUUCCAUAACCCAGACGGUUUUUCAUACACGCAAACUACGGAUCGCAUGUGGCGCAAGAAUCGACUGCCUCGGGGCAACACCACUUGCGUGGGCACUGACCUGAACCGUAACUGGAGGUUUGAAUGGGGCGGCGAACCGGGCACUGGUGCUGCGUCUACCGAUCCUUGCGACAGCACUUUCCAAGGACUCAGCCCUGGCGAUACUCCCGAGAACGCUGCAGUAUCCGGACUUUCUGACAAACUUGGAAAAUCGCCAAGGGGAAUCCGCUCCUACAUUGACCUGCAUAGCUACGGCCAGAAGAUUCUGACACCGCCUGGAUGGACCUGCAACACCACGCAAUACCCCGCCACGCUUCCUCGCAUGCUUGAGGUCGGCGGAGGCUUUGCAAACGCAGUGCAAGCAUACGAUAGCCGCAACGAGACCUAUCAGUACGGUACUGGAUGCGACAUCGAGUACUACUCAGCUGGCAACGGCCGCGAUCACCACUACGGCGCUUACGGCGCCGACCAUUCUUGGACUCUGGAGCUGGACCCGGUGACCUCUGGCCAAGGCGGUUUUGUUCUGCCUCCUGAAGACAUCUGGCCAGUUGUCAAAGAGCAGUGGGCCGGAGUUUCAUGGCUGCUAAACAACGUUUGGCAUAACUAA